GUAAUGUCCAACAAGGUUCCAAAGGUGAAAGUGAAGUCCACUCACGCAAACACAAGGCAUUCGCAUGCAAACAAGCGCUCCCCGGACUGGGAUGGCAUUUUCAAGGAGAUCCUCAUCCGACGCGAGGAGAAGGAUCUGGAGGCCCAGUCGGGCGAUCUCCAGCAACAGCUGGACGUUCUGAAAGCGCGGGAGAGUGAGCUCCUCCAGGAUAUAAAUGUGGUGGAGGAUCUGUUCUUAAGCAGGGAGCCCUAUAAAGUGGACGAGGUUGUGGACGAAGCCACGGACAAAGUGGAGAAGGAGAUGGCCAAGGUGCACAACAAGGAGGAGGAGAUCAAGAACCUGACCGUGGAGUGUACGGAGCUCAGGCAGAGGAAGCAAGAGCGCCAAGACGUGGUCCACUCGCACACCAUCUACCAGCAGUUCAUGCAGAAGCUGGUGAGCAUGACACUCUUCGAAGACGAGGAAGCUCUGACUCACCACAUCGAGAGUCUGCACAACGUCGAGGACCAGCUCUCUCAGCGGGAAGGCGAAGCGUACGAGAAAACCAACCAGCAGAGGAAAACCCAGCAGACCCUGCAGAAGCAGUACGAGAUGGAGAGGCAGGAACUGGACAUGGAGCUGACCCAGCUCAUGCCCGAACUGUUCGAAUCCAAGAUCCGGGUGGAAUACUGGUUCAAGGAGUGGAAACGCAUCGAGGACACCGCCUCGAGAAAACUGAACCUGCUGGCGCAGAUCAAGAUGUCCAUCCUCAGCCUCUACGAGCUGAUCGGCGGCAAGGUCUGCGAUAAGCAAGGCGUGGCUUUGAACGAGACGGAGAAGCAGUUGGAGAAGAUCCACGCCUUCUUGGUGGACCACUUUGAGAUCAUCAAGGAUUACGAAGCCCAUUCCAGCGUGGGCAGAUAACUCGGAACUACUGUCGGUUCCGGUCUGCUGGAUGCUGAGUGCCAAGCAGGGAGGCAACGGGCCCCAUUUUUUGAAGGCUUUGGUAUGACUCGGCCGGGGUUUGAACUCACAACCUACCGAUCUCAGGGCAGAUACUCUAACCACAAUGCCACUGAGCCGGUUUGUCAAACCAGAGAAGAUAAUCGGAUGUGAAAGAAGACAAACUAAUGACAUGUUUACUUUAUGGGUACACAACAUGGCUGCCGCAUAAAACCAAACACUCUUUAUUACUCAGGGAAAAAUAUUCUGAUGCCAAAGUAGAGUUCGGAAAAUGUGUAGUUUGUUUUUAUGACAAUAAAGCUAUCUUCUUUGAAUUCCAAAA